AUGCCUGGCACAGACGUGAGGAAUCUGGUGGCUGGCUUCAGGGUCUGUAGAACCCUCUCUGUCCUGUGGUUCCCAAAAAGAGCCUCAGCCCUUCCAAAAAUGGUCUGGAGACAGCUCUUUCUGGCCUCCUGUCUCUCAGCUGCUGUGCUCCUGACCAUGCUGCAGGAGGGGACUGGUGCAUCAGUGGUUACCCGGCAGGUGGCAAGACAAGAUGCCCAGGAAGAUGUGGAACAGAAGAUCUUCAUGCAGGAAUCAGAUGCCUCCAAUUUCCUCAAGAAGCGGGGCAAGCGGUCCCCCAAAUCCCGAGACGAGGCCAACGCGGAGAACAGGCAGAAGCUGCGGGCCGACGAGCUGCGGAGAGAAUAUUACGAGGAACAAAGGAACGAGUUUGAGAACUUCGUGGAGGAGCAAAAUGAUGAACAAGAAGAGAGAAGCCGGGAAGCUAUUGAGCAGUGGCGCCAGUGGCAUUAUGAUGGCUUGUACCCAUCAUAUCUCUAUAACCGCCACCACAUCUGA